AUGGACGUGAGGGGCAUCUCAAAGUUCUAUGAUGGCAAGUCCAAGUCAUUCACGAGUCUGGUUGAUGCUGGUUCUACCCCAUAUAUCAAAGACAUUGCAAAAUCAGAGAAUGCUUACACCAGCAGGGGUAGAAAUUUGAUGGCUUUCAAUCACACAUGGGAAAAGAGUCAAAGCUACCUUUUAAGAAGCAACAGUGGUGGCAUUUCAAAGAAAACGACAAUAAGCUCGAGCCGAAGUACCGUGGCUCUCGCUUUUGCAAUCAACUAUGAAAGCAGCAGUUGUUGUGCGAGCGAGGAUUCAUCUUUAAGCUCAAAUCCGAGGUCACCUCCACCUCUUCCGCCACUCCAUCCCCCAAGUACAGCUCCGUCCUCUCCUAUGCAGCAUAAUUUCUCAUCCCGGAGGUUCUUCUGCUUAGUUGAUAUUCAAAAUUGUUCCACUGCUACAACAAUAAAGAAUUAA